UACAGCCAGUCGAAUCGACGUGACAAACAUGACGUUUGUGAAAAUUGAGCAAAACGUCAUAGUAACUACAACAUCAACGUUACAGUUUCUUGUUACCGGCGACGUACAACUUCAGGUGAUUGCGAACAAACCAGUAGUAAUGAUAAACGGUGCUGACAGUUGUGUACAUCUUAACCGAACAACUGGAACACCGUCUUGUGUAACUGAUGUGAACUUAUGUACGGACGGCUUUACUUUCUCCAUUGAUGUCAAUUUUGGUCAACUUCUUGACAACACGUACAUCGUUUCCAGUGGCGGUCAUCUUCCAGGACAUAGUGGUAUCACACUGUAUUACAAUAACAAGCAACUCAUCUAUAUAGUCAGCACAUCUACCCAAAUUUGGACACUUGUCGUACAAUACCAGCCUGUACUCAACAAAUGGCAACAUUUUGAACUUACUUGGAACAAACACCUCGGAGUUGAGCUUCUGAUCGAUGGUCAUUCACUUGGAUCAAACUCUAGACCUGCUGGUCAGCCGAUAACUACACAGACAGUUGAUCUGUCUUUCGGUUGUAGUCAUACAUCGAUUAACGUUGAUAAAGAGAUGAAUGUAACCAAUUUCAACAUGUGGUCAAUAGACAGAACUGAACUUGUAAAUGCGGGAAUACUAGAGCCACCGACGACAAGCAUACCACCUUUGCAAUCAACAGAAGCAACUACAAACGUCACAGUUCUAUCUACAAUUACAUCAACGUCAACCAAAAUGCCCUCAACUACCCUUAAAUCGUAUUUAAACCAAUACACCACUACGCCAACUGUAGCAACGGCUAGUACUUCAGGCAUUUCAGAACAACACCUCCACUUCGAAGAUGCAAUAAGCGCAAAGUGCACAAGGUACGGUUGGAAUAUCAGUUUGGAUCUGAAUAGUCUACACUUGUUAUAUCCUGGAAUCACACCUAAUGAUAUAUACCUUAGUUCAGAAAAAUGCAACGGUACCCUUCACAGAGACGAAUUAUGGUUCCAGCAGAAUUUUGAAUCUUGUAGGACAAGAAAAGAGGUAACUGAAGGAACAGAUGUUUUCAGAAACGUCUUGUUCUAUGCAACAUUUGACCCUUUUGACCCUACUAUUGUCCGCCAACAUUACUGGACCUACAAUAUCGCUUGCUACGUUUCGAGAGGAGAGGAAACUUCCUCACACUUGCAUCACCAAGUAGAGAGUCACAGUACAAACAUUACUGCUCAGCAUGAUCUUACAUUGACCUUUUUCAAAGACCGUAACUUCCUGCAUCAGGUACCAGACAAUCCACUAAGGGUCACUGUCGGGGAUAACAUAUAUGUUAGAGUGUCAACAUCGGUACCGGACUGGAAUACAAAAAUGCGUCUUCAUACUUGUUCCACCAGAUUCUCUGACAGUACUGUUGCUGAACAUGUUCUCAUCAGAGACGGAUGCGAAGUUGACAGCAGCACACAUAUUAUUUCACAAUCCACCCAUGAGACGAAGUUUGUGUUCCGAGAUUUUGAGUACCUUACAUUCAACGAAGGACUGGACGUCUUCUGCAACGCGACAUUUUGUGAUACAAGCGAUUACUCUCCCACAUGUACACAAGCAUGUAAACAGAGCCCUUCCAUUGUUGGAUAGACACACCGCAUUCUUUACUAAUAUAUAAAAGAAUAGGAUAUUUUUCUCAAGUGAACUAUUGCAAUAUAAGAGUGAAAUAUAUCUGAUUAAUUCAUGGUAUAAUUAUAAAUGUGAAAAACAACCGGUAAUUACAUAAUAAAACGUUGAGUGAAAUAUUUUUGAUAAUUUCAUAGUAAAAAUAUUAGAGUGAAAUAUAUCUGGUCACUCUAACGUAAAAAUAUCAAUUAUAUUUCACUAUGAUCAAAUAUAUGUUUACCGUUCAGGAACAACAAUGUGGGUACAGUUUGAUUAAAAUCAUGAAAAACAAGGAAAGUGAA